AUGGCGGAACCUACACAGCAAGUGCACUACAUUCAACCUGCUGUACUCCAGCAAUUCGUUCACCGGAUAUUAACGGGGAACGGCGUAUCUGACGAACAUGCCAAAGUCAUUACCCAAUGUCUCGUCCAAGCAGACCUUCGUGGUGUUGAUACGCAUGGCUCAAACCGUAUCCCCUCUUAUAUGAAACGGAUUCGUCAAAAAGUGCUCAAUCCAUCCGCAACUCCACAAUUGCAACAGGUCACACCCGCAGCUGCCAUAGUGGAUGCACAGAAUGGCUUCGGGUUCGUCGCGGCUCACAUGGGCAUGCAGAAAGCCAUUGAGAUGGCGCAGGUUUUUGGAAUAGGACUGGUCUCAGUUAAGCAUUCAAAUCACUUUGGUAUGUCUGCCUGGCUUGUUCAGCAGGCGAUAGAUGCAGGCAUGAUGUCACUCGUUUUCACAAACUCUUCACCAGCCUUGCCCGUCUGGGGAGGCAAGUCGAAACUUAUGGGUGUGUCACCUAUUGCGUGUGGUGCACCGGCAGGAAAAGAACGGCCAUUCAUAUUAGACAUGGCCCCUUCAGUAGCCGCCAGAGGCAAGAUCUAUAAGGCGCUUCGAAGAGGAGAGAAAAUACCUACUGAAUGGGCAUUGGAUGCCGAAGGCAACAUGACGGAUGACCCAGCCAAGGCCAUUGAAGGCGUUAUGCUUCCUAUGGGCGGACCAAAGGGUUCUGCUCUCGCAAUCAUGAUGGAUGUUUUCUCCGGUGUGUUCUCUGGAUCGGCCUUUGCGGGGAAUGUGACGGGGCCGUAUGAUCCAUCUAAAGCGGCAGAUGUCGGCCAUUUCUUGGUUGCUAUCAAGCCAGACUUGUUUAUGGGUUUGGAUGACUUCAAAUCCCGUAUGGACUAUCUGUAUCAACGGGUCGUGGGAUCUGAUAAGAUGGCUGGUGUCGAGCGGGUUUACUAUCCCGGCGAGAUUGAGCAGAUUACACAUGAAAAGAGGUUAGUGGAGGGUAUUCCAUUCACAGAGGCGGAGAUCAAGGGCUUGAAUGAGGAAGCAGAGCUGGCAGGGGUUAAAAAGUUGAAUUAUGUUUAA